CUUAUCUUUUGUUUUGUAUAAAUUGUGCACAGUUUCAUCGAAUGGAAUACAGAGAAAAUUGUUCCAAUCUUGCUUUCUUCUUUUAAUCUCCACAUGGUAUCAAAGCAGGAAUAAAUUUUUCUGUUCUUCAUUCUCUUUUUCUCCCUUCACUUGCCUUCUUUUCCUCUUUCUUUCCAUCUCAGUUAUGGUAGAUCCAACUGAGAACACUGCUGCUGUUGCUGCUGUUCAAACUAUGAAGGAACAAGCUAUCGACUCCAAUCACCCCUAUUACCUCCAUCCAUCAGAUGCACCAGGUCUGACUCUUGUGGUUUCACCCUUUAAUGGAAAGGGAUAUGGAGGAUGGAGGAGAUCCAUGUUAAUAGCAUUGUCUGCGAAAAAUAAGACAGGUUUUAUUGAUGGCUCUCUUCCUGAACCAGCAGCAGAUUCAUCCUCACUCAAGUCAUGGACCAGGUGCAACCAUAUGGUUCUCUCUUGGUUGCUAAAUUCUCUUUCUAAGGACAUAGGUGAGAGUGUCCUUUACUCAGAAAAUGCCAAACUUCUUUGGGACGAUUUGGAAUCUAGGUAUGGACAAGCCAAUGGAGCUAAACUUUUUCAACUGCAAAAAGAUUUAAAUACUUUAGUUCAGGGUAACAUGAGUGUAACCAGUUAUUUCAACAAACUAAAGUGUAUUUGGGAUGAACUUGAUGCAAUGAAUACAUUCUCCUCUUGUGUUUGUGAUUGUAAGUGUGGUGGAAAAACUAAGACUAAUAAGGCACAAGACGAUGAAAGACUAUUGCAAUUUUUAAUGGGUUUGAAUGAAUCAUAUCUGGGAGUGAGGAGAAAUAUUUUGAUGACCACUCCUCUCCCAUCUAUUGGCCAUGCCUACUCACUUGUUGUUUAGGAUGAAAAACAA